AUGCUCCGUCGGCUCGCGGCUUCCCGCUCGCUCGCACGCCAGAUCCCCGCCCCUGGCUCGCGCCUCUUCUCGUCGUCCCGUGUGGCUCGCGCGGACAUCACCCUCACUGUCGAUGGCAAGGAGGUCACCGUCCCCGCUGGUACCGCGCUUAUCCAGGCUUGUGAGGCAGCCGGUGCCACCGUCCCCCGUUUCUGUUACCAUGACAGGCUAGCCAUUGCCGGUAACUGCCGCAUGUGUCUCGUCGAGGUCGAGCGCGCACCAAAGCCCAUUGCUUCGUGUGCCAUGCCCGCCAUGCCCGGCUCCAAGGUCUUCACCAACACCCCCAGGAUCCACAAGGCUCGCGAGGGUGUCAUGGAGUUCCUCCUUUCCAACCACCCUCUCGACUGCCCCAUCUGUGACCAGGGUGGCGAGUGUGACCUCCAGGACCAGUCGAUGCGCUACGGUUCCGACAGGUCAAGGUUCCACGAGAUUGCUGGCAAGCGUGCCACUGAGAACAAGGAGUUUGGCCCCAUUGUCAAGACUUCGAUGAACCGCUGCAUUCAGUGCACGCGUUGUGUCCGUUUCGCCAACGACGUUGCCGGUGUCGAGGACCUCGGUACCUCGGGCCGUGGCAACGACCUCCAGAUUGGCAUGUACGUUGAGAAGACUCUCAACUCGGAGAUGUCGGGUAACAUUAUCGACCUCUGCCCCGUCGGUGCCCUCACCUCAAAGCCCUACCAGUUCCAGGCCCGUCCUUGGGAGCUCAAGAAGACUGAGAGUGUCGACGUCCUCGACGCCGUGGGCUCGAACAUUCGUGUCGACUCGCGUGGUGUCCAGGUCAUGCGCAUCCAGCCCAAGCUGAACGACGACGUCAACGAGGAGUGGAUCAACGACAAGACCCGUUACGCCUACGACGGUCUCCGCUACCAGCGUCUCACCACCCCUCUUGUCCGUGAGGGUGACCGCUUCGUCGCUGCCACCUGGGAGCACGCCCUCGAGACCAUCCGCCACGGCCUCGAGAAGUCGGGUGCCAAGGGUGACGAGAUCAAGGCUGUUGCCGGUGCCCUUGCCGACACCGAGUCGAUUGUCGCUCUCAAGGACCUCGUCAACCGUCUCGGCUCGGAGAACACCACCUCGGACAACGCUGCUGCCACCGGUGCUGACAUUCGUUCCAACUACCUCUUCAACACUGGUAUCGCCAACGUUGAGGAGGCUGACGCCGUUCUCCUGAUCGGCACCAACCCCCGCCACGAGGCCGCCAUUAUCAACACCCGCUUCCGCAAGUCGUGGCUCAAGCUCGGUGCCAACUUUGCCGUUGUCGGCGAGGACUUUGACUCGACCUUCCAGUACGAGUCGCUCGGCAAGUCGGCCGCCGACGCCGUCAAGUUCCUGUCUGGCAAGACCGACUCUGCGUUUGCCAAGCUCUGGAAGGACGCCAAGAAGCCCCUCGUUGUGAUCGGCUCGUCUGUCGUUGAGGGCAAGGACGGUGCCGCCGUCCUCAAGGCCGCCUCGGAGCACGUCCUUGCCAACUCUGACAAGUUUGUGACCCCCGAGUGGAACGGCUUCUCGGUCCUCCAGCGCGCCGCUUCGCGCACUGCCGCUCUCGACGUUGGCUUCACCCCUUCGGCGUCGUCGUCCAAGACGACUCCCAAGUUUGUCUACCUCCUCAACGCCGACGACAUUGACCCCACGACCAUCCCCGAGAACGCGUUCGUCGUCUACCAGGGCCACCACGGUGACGUGGGUGCCCAGUACGCCGACGUCUGCCUCCCCGGUGCCGCCUACACUGAAAAGGCCACCACCUGGGUGAACACUGAGGGUCGCUCGCAGCAGGGCCGUACCGCCGUCCCUCCUCCUGGCGCUGCCCGUGAGGACUGGAAGAUCAUCCGUGCCCUGUCCGAGGUCGUUGGCCAGCCCCUGCCCUACGACGACCAGCUCGCUCUCCGCGACCGCAUGUGGGACGUUUCGCCCACCCUCGUCCGCUUUGACGAGCGCGAGGUCCCCUCGACCGAGGUGCUCCGCGCCGGUCUCGAGUCGCUCGCUUCGGCCCAGGCUUCCGCCGCGUCGAGCGACGUCCUCCGCAAGCCCAUUGCCGACUUUUACCGCACCGACCCCAUCUCGCGCGCAUCCGUCACCAUGGCCCAGUGCUCCAAGGCCUUCUCCAAGGGCACCCCAUUGGACGCGGCAACGGAGGACGCCAAGCAGGCGUUUGCCUAG